AUGCGUUUGGCGUUGCUCCAAUGGAAGCUCUUCAAGAAUCGAGAUGACAAUUUGGAGGUCGUGACCAGGAAAAUCGAAGAUGUCAUGAGGGAUCAAAAGCCGCGAUUGAUUUGUCUGCCCGAGCACUUUUCCAAGAACUCUGGCUUUCACAGAGACCCAGAAACCGUCACGGAAGGACACUGCUUCCAACGACUCUCGGAGCUGGCCAGGAAGCAUAAGGUUUACAUUGUGGGCGGAACGUUGCCAGAGAAGGGCGAAAGUGAUGCCGUCUACAGUACUUGUACCGUGUGGUCACCCGAAGGUCAUCUGGUCGCGAAGUUCCGCAAGGUUCACCUGUUCGACGUGGACAUUCCGGGUGGAAUUACCUACGUGGAGUCCGCUAGGUUUACGCCGGGCAGUGAGUACAGCAUUUUUGAGGUGGACGGCCAUAAAAUCGGACUGGGGAUCUGUUACGACAUCCGCUUCGAGGAGAUGGCCCGUGUGUACCGAAAUGCGGGCUGCGAGAUGAUCAUCUAUCCCUCCGACUUUGCCCUUUUCACGGGAGCUUUGCACGGGGAACUUCUGCCGCGUUCCCGCGCCAAUGACAACCAGCUCUUCGUGGUGACUAGCGCUCCAGCCAAGGAUAUCACCGCCAAGCACAUUAGCCAUGCCCACUCAAUGGUGGUCGAUCCCUGGGCCAGGAUUCAGGCGUGUGCAGGUGAGAACGAGGCAACUGUGGUGACGGACAUCGACUUUUCCCUGGUGGAGAGAGUGCGUGAGGAACUCCCAAUCUACAGGCAACGUCGCCUUGAUUUAUGA